CGCUUAAAGUACAGACGUUACUGGAAGACCUACCUCUCUGCAGCACACGGUAAACAAACCAAGUAAAGUCAGUUCAUGUUUAUACAGCAGUUUGUUUCUCCUGCGAAAUAGCGCUGGUGUAACAAGGAACAAUAGUUUUUUGUUAGAUAGUUCUGUAUCGUCUCCUCGUACCAGAUCGAUAUUAAGAGUGUUUUCCCUGUGGCAGUGACUAUGAGUUUCUUCACACGUCCCUUCAGUCCCCUUGGCAGCAGUGUCCAGGAGCAGAGAGACCGCUGGGAAAGAAAACGCAGUCGAACGGCCAGAGAGUUGGUGCAGACAGAACAACGAUAUUGUCAACAACUGGAACUUGUAACCACUUUUUUUGUGGAGAUCUUGAAGGCCAAAGGAACCCUCAGGCGGGACACCAGAGAAAGCAUCUUUGGUUCAAUUAAAGCCAUUCAUUCAGCAAACCAAUCUCUGCUUGUCCACUUGGAGAAUGGCUACUUUGGCAAAGGCCUCGACCAGUUCUGUUCACAUUUGCACCUCUACAACAUGUAUGUGGACAACAUCUAUAAUGCCAACAAAGCACUUGGGAUCCAGUUGAAGAAAAACAAGGCCUUCAGACGCUUCAAAAAACUACAGGAAGCCCGACCAGAGUUCAAUAACCAUAAACUGGAGGAGUUACUUCAACUCCCCAUUCAUCGAAUUGAUCAGUAUAAGCAUUUCCUACAGGAUUUGGCUGCCAACACAAGUCCAGACAACCCAGAGUUUGAACAGCUUGCUAGAGCUGUGACUGCAGUGUGCGAGGUGUCCCGUCGUAUCCAGGACAAUGCCCGGUGCCAUGAGAACCACCUGCAGCUUUGCCGGGUGCAGAAACUGCUGAAAGGGCGAAAGACGAAGGUGUUGGCCACAGGGAGGUGGUACAUCCGUGAAGGCUGGCUGAAGAUAGUCCCUCCAAAAGGUUCGGAAGCGAAGCCCAAGAUGUUCUUCCUCUUCUCUGACAUGUUGCUGGAGGCCAAACGUUGUAGUCCACUGCAUCCCAACAAUGGAGACAAGUUUGCUGGCCAGCACGCCUACCCGCUGCAGGACUGCAAUGUAGAGAAGGUGUUUGGCCACACCAGGAGCCAGGGAGGCCUGCUCAGUCUUACCUUCCCUAAAGCUAAACUCCUACUGAUGUCCAGCAACCAGGAGGAUCUCAAUGACUGGUAUCAAAGCCUGAGCUCAGCAGUCAGGAAGCUUCAGUCUAACCAGACAGUCGUCCAUCAAAGAGAUGAGUUGUGUCGCAGACCUCCCCACGCUGCCACCGAUGACCACGACAUGCUAAGCAACAAUCCUAGCAGGAAGAGAAACAUGAUGAGCGCUGAGACCAGUGAGCAUCCUCAGAACCGUCCAGCUGAACACCAGUGCAGCCCCCUCAAGAGGAUGAAGCAGUGUGACGCUCCAGAGCAGAGCAGAGCAGAGACAUCUUCUUCCAGCUGCACCAUCCUCUGAUGGAUUUCUUCAGAUGAAACUGAACUCAGCCCAAGAUGAAUGUGGAGGCUGCAUGCUUUAACGCCAGGCUGAUUGUGUUACUCAGCUUUUCCAAAUAUGUCGCACAUGCAGCUGUAUGUCUGUGCUAAUAACACCUUUAUUAUUCACUGUGCCUUUUUAACAUGAAGUCAGAGGAGGUUUGUAUUCUUACUGACAGCAGCUUCAUGUGCAAUAUAAACUAUAAACUAUAAUCUUCUUAAGCUGCUCAGCACAUAUCUGAAGAGUGUUUCACUGUGAGCAGUAGUUCUCUCCUUACAGUACAGUGCAAUUAUGAGUUCAUUUCUACAGUUCCUUUUGUGUGUCAUGCUGCAUGGAUGCUGCUUUCUAAUCUUCUGUAAAAGUACAAAGAUUCUGUUUGGAUGGGAGUUGAAAUAAGGGAUGCAUACAGUACAUGGGGAAAGUGAACACCUAUUGUGGCAGGUAAAAUGCAUAGGAACGCAGUAUCGGUAAAGCUUUUCACUCUCCAAGUGUCAAUAGCAAGCAGGGAUGAUUCUGGUCUUCACUGACUGAAGGAAGCAGAAACUGUUGUUGUCAGAUCUAAGUGCUCAUCACGGAUGAAACUCCAAAACAGCCAAUGUUAAAUGGGUGUAUAUUGUAAACCAGGGGUGUCAAACAUACGGCCUGCGUGCCAAAACCGGCCCGCCAGAGGGUCCAACCUGGCCCACAGAAUGACUUUGUAAAGUGUAAAACUUACUAGUACAAUUAAACUUUAAAACAUUUCUAGACCUUGAUUUAGUAUUUUACUUUAUGAUCAUGAAGUAAAACACUACAUUGAGACUAAAUGUUUUAUGAAUUUGUAGAUGCUUUUAAUGUGUAAAAGAGCAACUGAAAUUUAACUUACUUUCCUUCAGAAAUUGCAGGAUGUUCAUACUGUUUUGUAAAAAGAACAUUUUUGGCACUAAAACAAAGGGAACAUUUCAGAGUUAUGGUUAUUAUGCUGAACUAAGAUGAGUUUGACACCCCUGAUGUAAACAAUAUAAAACAAACAAUGUAAUAUCAAACAAUAUAAUGUUUUAUCAUGAAAAUAUCUAGUGCAAAGUGUAAAUGAACCAAAAAUUUGUGAAUAGCUUUCUUUUUUUGGGGGGGGGGAACAGGGUGAAUAUGAAAGUGUUUUCUAUGACAGUUUUUUAUUGAAUGGCUGUAAGUCUUUCUAGAAGCUUGUUUUUUUUACACAAAUGCCUUCUGCACCACCUUCCAGCCAAUAAUUGGUGGUGAUGGAGUAACAUGUCUUCAGUGUUUAAUUAUUUUAGAAUUUGUUGGUUCAAUAAUGCAUGCAUGCAUGUCUGUGUUUCUUUACAUGAGUAUGUGUUUGAUAAUUAAUACUGACGAUAAUCACACAGAUCAGAGCAACAAUUGUCCAGUUGUGCUUUCAAGCAGCCCAUUGUCUGUCUGAUAACUGAUCAUGACUCACUCCUUACAGUCUUAGAAUGUCUGUUUUGAUUGAUGGCCUGAUUGCCAAUUAUACACUUGUUAUUCUGGUGAUUAAUGAUGAUGAACUGAAUGAGUGCAUUUGCUGAGCUGCAGUGGAUUCUAGAGAAGGUAAUCUGCUGUAGAGUUCUAUGAAUGACAUGCAUCCAGGCAAGGAAGCCUGGUUAUGAUGUUCUGUAUGCUAUCUGUCUUGUGUUUGUUUUAUUACAUAAUAUUGACCCUCCUUCGUUUUACAUUUUAAUCAUAGCCUUAAUCAACAAAUUAAUAAAUAUUAGCCUCUCCAUUG